AGAAUGUGAACUGUACAGUGUUGUCUGUUCAUUCAGCCGUGUCAAGAAAUCUGCUCCUUUGUGCAUAACUACAUCACUAAAUCUUCACACAGUCACAAUUUAACGCUGUAGGACUUUUAAAUGAUCUUCUGAUUCAGCAGAUCCUUUAAGACACUUGUCCUAUGAGAGCUGAGAGUGCUGCCCCACCCUGCUGAGAGGACACAUAUCAUAAAGUCAACCUUUGGAACUGCACUCGAUCAUCAGUUUAGACCUUUUUGCAUCUGGACUCUUCCUGGGCGAGAAGACAAGGCUAUGGAUUGGGGCACAGCACUCUGGGACCAGCAUGAUACAAUUGAGAAACACACACAGUCGGGUCUGGACCUUAUCGAUCGUUAUGUGAAGUUUGUUAAAGAGAGAGUGGAGAUUGAGCAGGGCUACACCAAACAGCUCAAAGCUCUUUAUAGAAGACAUUCCAGACGAGGCAGCAAAGAAGACCAAGAGAUGAGGUUCUCCAAUCAGCAGUCGUUUCAGGAGCUGCUGUCUGGGCUGAACGAGUGCGCAACACAGCGGGAGAGCAUGGCCGAGAACAUGAGCCAGAACAUCUGCAUGGAGCUCACCAAGUACCUGCAUGAUGUCAAACUGGAGAGAAAGAGUUAUCUGAACGAGGUGAAGAAACUCCAACAAAACCUGGAGGUCAGCUACAAACAUCUAGAGGCUAGUAAGAAACGCUUUGAGAAGGAGUGGAAGGAAGCAGAGAAGGCUGGUCUUCAAGCAGAGAAGACAGAACAAGACCCCACCACCACCAAAGCAGAUGUAGAGAAGGCCCGGAUUAACGCUCGUGCGCAUCUGGAUCACUCUGAUGAGUGUAAGAAUGAUUAUGCUGCACAACUGCAGAAAUACAACAAGGAGCAGAACCAAGUGUAUCACACAGAGAUUCCCUCUAUCUUUAAUAAGCUGCAGCAGAUGGAGGAGAAGAGGAUCCGGAAACUGGCGGAAGGUUACAGCCUACUGGCCGACAAUGAGAGAAAUAUUCUGCCUUCAAUCAGCCAGAGGCUGGAGAAAAUCAUCACACACAGCAACAGCAUGGACGAGAAACAGGACUCUAUGAUGGUCAUAGAGCAGUUUAAAUCAGGUCAGAUGCCUCCUGCUGAUGUAGAGUUUGAGGAUUUCAGUCAAGGAAUCAGAUCUGCAUCUGCAGCUGUGGAAAACACACACCAGAUUUCAAAAGUCCGCAUCAAACAACUGUUCAAAAAGAACAAGCAGGGUGUGAAUAUCGACAGAAACAUGGGGGUGCCCCCUCCGUUGGAGGAUUUCUCCCACUUGCCCACAGACCAGAGGAAGAAACGUCUUCAGGAAAAAAUUGAUGAAGUCAGUAAGGAGCUGCAGAAAGAGACAGACCAGAGUGAGGCUCUGAAUAAGAUGAAGCGUGUGUAUGAGCAGAACAGAGAUCUGGGGGACCCGAACAGUCUGGGGCCUCAGAUUAAUCAAACCACACAGAACAUCAACCGACUGAAGGGGGAUCUCACCAGAUACCAGAUGUGGCUGACUGAGGCUGGAGGUGUCUCUACACAGAACAGCAACCAGACCAGUCCAUAUUACCUCACUAUAACUCCCGAGUUCCCGAGUCCCCCUGACCCGACAGAACUCCAGCACCAUAGCAGUUUUGAUGAAGACUUUGAUGAAGAUGUCCCCAUUGCCCGGUGUCUUGCUCUCUAUGACUUUAACGGUGUGAGAGACGGGGAAGUGAGCAUGGAGGCCGGGGAGCAUCUCAGUGUGUUGGACGAGGACUCGGGAGACGGAUGGGUGCGUGUAAAGAAGACGAGCGGAAAUAUAGGAUACGUCCCUGCGUCCUACAUCCAGCUCAACUGAUCACACUGCAGCGGUUUUGCUCGACGUUUUCUCAUCCUGUUCACGUACACGUCUGAGUGUAUACACGAACACACCGGGGCUAAAGGACCUAAAGGAAACCUACAGCUACCAUGUUAGCUACUAAAAUCGUCACCUGCUCGACACAGAAGGUCUCAGGAACAGGAAUGAUUUCAUAAAAGUACUGAAAAAAAAUGUAUUUUUGGAUGAAAUAUUCAAUAAGAACAAAUAUUUGAGAAAAAAUAAACAAAAAUAAAAUAUUCCUAAAAAACACAAACUACAUUUUCAUUCUGUUAUCGUGUUGAUACUGAUGCUUUAGCUGUAAGGUUCCAACUGAAUAAAAUGAAACAUUCCAGAAA